AUGAGCGAGAAUAUCCUUGAUAAAUUAAUUGCUACUAUCGAUUGUAAACAAGGUGCUGUACGCAAUGUUAGGUUCAACAAUGAUGGUCAAUAUUGUUUAAGUUGUGGCAGUGACAAAUCCAUUAAAUUAUGGAAUCCUCAUCGUCAGUUGAUGCUUAAAACCUACUCUGGACAUGGCUAUGAGGUUCUUGAUGCUCAUUCUUCUGGAGACAAUAGUCAGAUUUGUUCUGGUGGCAUGGAUAAGUCUGUUAUCCUUUGGGAUGUUGCUUCUGGUAAAGUCUUGAGAAAAUAUCGAGGACAUGUAGGCACGGUCAGUUGUGUGAAAUUCAACGAAGAAUCUUCUGUCAUUCUCUCAGGUUCUGUUGAUGGUACAAUACGCAGCUGGGAUUGCCGUAGUCGAAAAAUGGAUCCAAUUCAGAUUCUGAAUGAAGCAAAAGACAGUGUGACAUCAGUACAAGUAUCUGACCAUGAAAUUUUGUCUGGAUCAGGGGACUGCCGGAUUCGUCGCUAUGAUUUACGGAUCGGACGUUUGAUUUGUGAUUAUGUUGGGAAAACUGUGACAUGUGUCAAUUUCACGCGUGAUGACCAAUGUGUCUUGGUCAGCUCAUUGGAUGGAGUUGUUCGUCUUUUUGACAAACAAACGGGAGAACUCUUGAAUGAAUACAAAGGUCACAAGAAUACUGAUUACAAAAUUGACAGCUGCAUGAAUGAUAAAGAUGACCAAGUACUGAGUGGUUCAGAAGAUGGCCAUGUCUAUAUUUGGGAUCUUAUUGAAGCAAAAGUAAAGAAGAAAUUGUACCAUGAGACAACUCGUCCAAUUCAUUCUCUGUCACAUCAUCCUAAAAGAACCUGCUUGCUGACUGCUUCAGGUGGUAAUAUUUAUUUGUGGUUGUCACCUUAUGAGACAGACCAGUGA